UCCUACGGCUACAGCGCUGGUUAUUCCGGCCUCGGAUCUGGUCUAGGAUAUAGCAGUUACGGUCAUGGCUAUGGUGGUCACGGUGGCUAUGCUAGCAACAUCGGAUACGGUGGAUAUGGCGGAUAUGGCUACGGUGGGCACGGAAACAUAUGCUGGUAGUCGUCCUCUGCGCUGCGGGCAUCGCCUCCGCCGGCAACCUACUGCACGCCGCAGCUCCUGUGGCCUACAGUGCUCCAGUCUCCUAUUCAACCCAAACCGCACAUGUAGGUCCAGCGGUUGCAGCAUACGCCGCUGCCCCUGUUGUGGCUAAGACAUACGCCGCUCCUGCUGUGGCGACCUACGCUGCCGCUCCUGCAGUACACACAUACGCCGCACCCGCUGUCCAGGCCUAUGCCGCCCCUGUUGUCGCUAAGGCUGUCGCUCCAGCCUACUCUUACCAGUCCGUUCAGCGUCAUUCCACUCCAGUGGCUUAUGCUGCUGCUGCUCCUGUAUACGCGAAGACCUAUGCAGCGCCUGCCGUUGCGACUUACAGUGCUCCCGUCAUCGCUAAGACGCUCGCUCCUGCCGUGUCCUACUCGUCGUAUGCUCACGCCGCGCCUGUAGCUUACGCUGCGGCUCCCGCCGUCCAAACCUAUGCCGCUGCUCCCGUUGUGGCUAAGACCUACGCCGCUCCUGCCGUGUCCUACUCGUCGUAUGCUCACGCCGCGCCUGUAGCUUACGCUGCGGCUCCCGCCGUCCAAACCUAUGCCGCUGCUCCCGUUGUGGCUAAGACCUACGCCGCCCCUGUCGCGACUUACGCCGCCGCCCCCGUGGCAUAUUCUGCAGCUCCCGCUGUCUCCCACGUCUCCUACUCCGGCCUGGGUGCUAGCUAUGGCUGGUAAACCCAAGCUCUUGUAAAUAAAUCUUAUUUAUUUAAACUGGAGUAGAUAACUAAGUAUAUGAUUGUAAAUAUGUAAACUGCAAAAAACCAAUGAGAGAAAUAAAAAAGC